AUGGAAUCAGAAAACACAGAAGCUGAAAACAUGGAAACAGAAAAUUUGGAAGCAAAAGGCAUGGAAGCUAAAACUAUGAAGAUUAAGACAUUGCCUUCUGUCUCAGACCUACAAGCACUUUCCAGUCUACUGUAUCCUGAGGAAGAGGAUGAUUUGGAUGCUGGGCAGGUUGAACAACUCUCACCUGCUAUUGGAGCCAUGAGCCCUGGGAAUAUUGGGCCACCUAAAGCCAAAGAGCCUAAAACCGUCCCUAAAUCCAGUGGUACUGAAAGUGAGAAUAUCUGGAAUCCAGACGAAGUUCCGGAAGGAGCAGAGCAUGAUGAUAUAUGGGAUGUUCGAGAAAUCCCAGAUUAUGAGAUUGUAUUCCAACAAACUGUGGGAACUGAGGACAUAUACCUUGGACUAUCAAGAAAGGAUCCUUCGACAGCAUGCUGUCAGCAGCUGGUGGUGAAAAUUAAACUGCCUGAUACAAACCCUUCUGAAAUUGAAAUUGAUAUCCAAGAAACUCUCCUUGAUCUUCGCACUCCUAAAAAGAAGCUGAUAGUAAACUUUCCCCAGCCUGUGGAACGCAACAGCGCUAAAGCAUCCUAUAUCCAGGAAACUGAAAUGCUUGAAGUCAGGAUGACUCUGCAAAGAGACUUUGAUUUCGAUCUUUCCUGAAACUGUAUGAAUAAGGAAAAGAAAAGGGGAAAACACAUGACAAUGAAACAGUUUUUUUUAAACUUUGAAUAUUGGUUAUGUCCUCUUUUGUUUUCUGACAUAUUUUAGAAAGGUCCAGAACUUUAGUGGUGUUUUGAUCUGUUACAGUCACUUCUGUUACUCUUAGGAAACAUGGUUCUCUCAUACAAUAGGGCGCUACUCCAUUUUUAUACUGAGAGAUGAAUAAGAUAUUUACAGGUUAUCCAACAAGAUUACAUUAUCAAUUGCAAAUGCAAC